CAACGCUCGGUGGCCAAGAGGUCAAAGACCUGUUUGUAUUAAAUCUUCACUAAAACCCGAAGUCAACUCCAGUCCCUCUGUCUGUCAGUGCAAGUCACAGUCGUUGUAAACACCGGAGCGAGGAGCUAACGAUGAUGCAGCGGACUUUGUUUCGCAGUGGAGCGCUGCUGGCGCAAAAGGCGGCUGUGGAGGUAUCACUGCUCCCGAUGAGCGCGCCUCUACAGCCGCGCCUUGACCGUGCCAUGUCCUCGGUGACCAUCCCGCCCCCGGAGUGCAUGCUCCGGCCGCUCGAGGUUCCUUUCCGCUACCUGUUCGGACCAGGACCGUCCAACGUGCCGCCCCGCGUUUUAGCCGCAGGUGGUAGGGGAAUUAUCGGCCAUUUGCAUCCAGAAAUGUACGAGAUCAUGAACGACAUCAAGAAGGGGAUCCAGUACGCUUUUCAGACACAGAACAACAUGACGAUAGCGAUGAGCGGCUCGGGACACGCAGCCAUGGAGUGCGCCGUCUUCAACACGGUAGAACCUGGGGAGAGCGUGCUCGUGGCUGUCAAUGGAAUAUGGGGAGAGCGAGUGGCUGAAAUCGCCGAGAGAAUGGGUGCCAAUGUUCACAUCAUGGUAAAAGCACCGGGUGGAGUUUUCAGCAAUGGAGAAAUUGAAAAGGCCCUGGCCAAACACAAGCCCGUUCUGUUCUUCCUCACACAUGGAGAGUCCUCUGCUGGCCUCGCCCACCCUGUCGACGGCAUUGGAGACCUCUGCCGCAAACACAAUACCCUGUUUCUUGUAGAUACUGUCGCGUCUCUUGGGGCGUCGCCUAUUUUCAUGGACCAGCAGAAUAUUGACAUCCUGUACACUGGCUCUCAAAAGGCAUUGAAUGCCCCCGGUACAGCACCCAUCUCCUUCAAUGAAAGAGCAUGCCAAAAGAUGUUCAACAGGAAAACAAAACCAGUGUCCUACCUCUUUGACAUGGCCCACUUGUCUAACUAUUGGGGAAAUGAUGGUCAACCAGCCAGACUAUACCACCACACAGGACCAGUGUCUGGGUUCUUUUCCCUGAGGGAAAGUCUUGCUAUUCUUGCUGAGAAGGGGCUGGAGGAGUCCUGGAGGCACCACAGGGAGGUGGCAGGGUACCUCUGGAAGGGCCUGGAAGACAUGGGCCUCAAGCUAUUCAUCCAGAACAAGGACCUUAGGCUGCCCUCCGUCACCACCAUUGCCAUUCCUGAGGGCUACAACUGGAGAGAGAUGCUGCAGUACAUCAUGAAGCACCACAAUAUGGAGAUGACUGGGGGCCUGGGGCCCUCCACUGGCAUGGUGAUGCGUGUGGGUCUGAUGGGAUACAACUGCCAGAAGACCAAUGCAGACAUGGCACUGGCUGCCCUGGCCGAUGCUUUGAAGAACUGCAAAAAGAGCAAAGCAUAAAGAAAGUUUAUAAUGCCUUUUAAUACCCUAAACAAACAUGCAUUCGGCCAUGCUGGAGGACACCUGGAAUGCAUGGGCAAAGGCGUCAAUCUGUGAAAGUAUUAUCACGGGUGUUUGUGAGCCCAGAGAUUUGAAGCACAAAUGUAAAAAGACAGAUUCCGACAUACAUUCACGUGCAACUGCUUUCCUAAUAGAGACUUUGUAAUUACUGUAGAAGGUAAAUGCUCUACAGGGAAAUAAUAUAAAAUAUGUUUCAAGGAGUCAAUAAAAUAUAUACAAUUCUG